AUGGCGCCUCUGGUGUAUACGAGGAGGCAGCAGGAAGCCGGGCCCGGGGCUGAAGCAAACCCGAGGGCCCCUCCGUCCCUCCGGUCCCCGCAGAGAAAAGUCCCCAGGCCCGGGGUGGGGCGCGGCGCACCCCCACCCGGCAUGUCCACCUCCUUGGCCGUGGCGGCCGGCGCGCUUCUGGCCCUGCUCGGGCUGGGCGCGUGCUGCAGCCCCGUCGUGGCCCGCAGCGCGUGGCAGGCGCGGGCGCCCGGGUGCUCGCAGCGCCUCCAGCACCCGCUCCGCUACGUGGUGGUCUCGCACACGGCGGGCAGCCCCUGCCACAGCCCGGCCUCCUGCCAGCAGCAGGCCCGCAUCGUGCAGCACUACCACCAGCAGACGCUGGGCUGGUGCGACGUGGGCUACAACUUCCUGAUUGGAGAGGACGGGAAUGUGUAUGAAGGUCGUGGCUGGAACAUCAAGGGUGCCCACACAGGUCCCACCUGGAACCCCAUAUCUAUUGGCAUCACCUUCAUGGGCAACUACAUGGAGAGGGUGCCUCCAAAACGCGCCCUCCAGGCUGCCUUGAACCUGCUGGACUGUGGCGUGGCUCGGGGGUUCCUGAGACCCAAGUAUGAGGUGAAGGGACACCGCGACGUGCAGCAGACGCUCUCCCCAGGAGACCAGCUCUACGAAGCCAUUCAGAGUUGGCCGCACUACCGCGAGUGAGGCUCGGCAACGCCGCGAUCUGGCUCCAGAAAUGGUUCCCGCCUCCGCCUCCGCCCCAACCGUCCUCCCUCCUGCUACCCGGUCCUCCAAUAAAGAUGCAGCCCUAACUACUGCCCACCCUUAGCUCCCCUCCCCCACAGGACCCCAGCGCCCACUCCUCCUGGCCUCCAUCCUUGCUGCUGGGAAUAACCCAGAGGCCCUGACCCUGAACCAAGACCCCAGAGGUCCCAGCUCAGGGGCAACAUCACAGCUCAGAACCCAGAGGUCUCAGGUCAGAGCCCCGGAAUCAGCACCACGCUGGCCGGAUGUCACCCACAGUAGCUCAGGGGUCCUCCCGGGCAAUGGGCCAUGCUGCGAGACAUGCAUUCCGUACCCCACAGCUCCCUCAGUGCCCCUCCCCCUCCCACUGGCAUGUGGGAGUUUUCCCAGGACCACCUCAGCCAGAAAUGCCACCGGUCCUAAUUAUGUCCCAUCUCGUUUCUCCCCUUCACCCCCACUCUUCAGUCAUAAGCUGAGGGUCCCAAGAAUAAACAUGUUUAUUUACAAAAUG